AUGCAAUUAGCUUUGGAAUAAGCAAGAUUUGCACUUGAAUCUGGGGAAGUUCCAGUUGGUUGCAUUUUCUACCAUUUGCCAUCUUAAACUGUUGUUGCAAAAUCUCAUAAUCUUACAAAUCAAACUAAAAAUGUAUAUUUUCAUCUAUUACUCAACAUAAAGGCUACAACUCAUUGUGAAAUAAACUGUAUAAAUUAACUAAGCAAUGAGAACAAAAUUAACAUGAUUUAAGAAUGUGUGCUUUACGUGACUGUUGAGCCAUGUUUAAUGUGUGCUCAUGCUCUUAAUCUAGUAAAGAUAAUGAAAGUAAAGUUCGGAUGUGAAAAUGACAAGUUUGGAGGAAAUGGAUCAAUCUUAUCUCUUAAUAAAUUUUAAAACGCUGGUUAUCAAGUGGAGUAAGGGAUUCUUAAAAAUGAUGCGAUUAAGCUUUUGCAGCAAUUUUACGAGCAUGGGAAUGAAAAAGCCCCUGAAAAUAAAAGAUAGAGAAAAAUUUGA